CCGCUCCCUCCCGCAGAGGCCUCCCCCGACGCCCCGCAAGCAGCCCUCCUCAGGGCGCCAGGGCGGGCGGGCCGAGGCCUGGGCUGCAGGACGACGACGACGGGGAGGACGACGGGGAGGAGGAGGAAGGGGCGGCGGCGGCCCCGACGAGGGACCCACGGAGGGCAGACUGUGACAUGGAAACAGCCAUAAACAUUCCAAAUAAAACCUAAAAGUGUGGGCCAUUAUCAGAGGAAGACCGUUUUCCCGGAGGGAAAGCGAUCCAUGCUGACGAGGCAUCAUUCAUGCAGAUGAACCCGGGGUGGAGGCGGUGGCACUUUAAACCCAGAUAGUUGGUCUCGGGGAACAGCCCAGCAGGAUGCCAUCCACCAGCCGAGCGGGCAGCCUGAAGGACCCAGAGAUUGCAGAGCUCUUUUUCAAAGAAGACCCGGAGAAACUCUUCACAGAUCUCCGAGAGAUCGGCCAUGGAAGCUUCGGAGCUGUUUAUUUUGCACGUGAUGUCCGUACCAAUGAAGUGGUGGCCAUCAAGAAAAUGUCUUAUAGUGGGAAACAGUCCAAUGAGAAAUGGCAGGAUAUUGUUAAAGAAGUCAAGUUUCUACAGAGAAUCAAACAUCCAAACAGCAUAGAGUACAAGGGCUGCUAUUUGCGGGAGCACACAGCAUGGCUCGUUAUGGAAUACUGUUUAGGAUCAGCCUCAGAUUUAUUAGAAGUGCACAAAAAGCCAUUACAAGAGGUGGAAAUUGCUGCCAUCACCCACGGUGCUCUCCAGGGUUUAGCAUACUUGCAUUCUCACAACAUGAUCCAUCGAGAUAUCAAGGCAGGAAAUAUCCUGUUGACGGAACCAGGCCAGGUGAAACUGGCUGACUUCGGCUCCGCUUCCAUAGCAUCUCCUGCCAACUCAUUCGUGGGGACGCCAUAUUGGAUGGCCCCAGAAGUGAUUUUAGCCAUGGAUGAAGGGCAGUACGAUGGCAAAGUUGACGUGUGGUCUCUUGGGAUAACGUGUAUUGAAUUAGCGGAAAGGAAGCCGCCCCUGUUUAACAUGAAUGCAAUGAGUGCCUUAUAUCACAUAGCGCAGAAUGAAUCCCCUACACUCCAGUCCAACGAAUGGUCUGAUUAUUUCCGAAACUUUGUAGAUUCUUGUCUCCAGAAAAUACCCCAAGACAGGCCUACAUCCGAGGAACUAUUGAAGCAUGUGUUUGUUAUCCGGGAGCGCCCUGAGACGGUGUUGAUAGAGCUGAUCCAGAGAACAAAGGAUGCUGUCAGAGAACUGGACAAUCUUCAGUAUCGCAAGAUGAAGAAACUGCUUUUCCAGGAGGCGCACAACGGACCAGCAGUUGAAGCCCAGGAAGAAGAGGAGGAGCAAGAGCACGGUGUGGGCCGGACGGGAACGGUGAACAGUGUCGGGAGCAACCAGUCCAUACCCAGCAUGUCCAUCAGUGCCAGCAGCCAAAGCAGCAGCGUGAACAGUCUUCCAGAUGCCUCGGACGACAAGAGCGAGCUGGAUAUGAUGGAGGGGGACCACACAGUGAUGUCCAACAGCUCAGUCAUCCACUUGAAGCCGGAGGAAGAAAACUACAGAGAAGAUUCGGAUCCAAGAGCAAAAGGUUCGGAGCCACAGUCUCCCCCCCAAGUGUCCCGCCACCGGUCCCACUACCGCAAUCGAGAGCACUUUGCUACCAUACGCACAGCAUCCCUGGUGACACGGCAAAUGCAGGAGCAUGAACAAGACUCAGAGCUGCGGGAGCAGAUGUCAGGCUAUAAGCGCAUGCGGCGGCAGCACCAGAAGCAGCUCAUGGCCCUGGAGAACAAGCUCAAGACCGAGAUGGAUGAGCACCGGCUCCGCUUGGACAAGGACCUCGAGACGCAGCGCAACAGCUUUGCAGCUGAGAUGGAGAAGCUCAUCAAGAAGCACCAAGCGGCCAUGGAGAAGGAGGCGAAAGUCAUGGCCAAUGAAGAGAAGAAGUUCCAACAACAUAUUCAAGGCCAGCAGAAGAAAGAGCUCAACAGCUUCUUGGAAUCUCAGAAAAGAGAGUAUAAGCUUCGCAAAGAGCAGCUCAAGGAGGAGCUGAAUGAGAACCAGAGCACGCCCAAGAAGGAGAAGCAGGAGUGGCUCUCCAAGCAGAAGGAGAACAUCCAGCACUUCCAGGCAGAGGAAGAGGCAAACCUUCUCCGGCGCCAGAGGCAGUACUUGGAGCUGGAGUGCCGUCGCUUCAAGAGGAGGAUGCUCCUGGCCCGCCAUAACUUGGAGCAGGACCUUGUCCGGGAGGAGCUGAACAAGCGGCAGACCCAGAAGGAUCUGGAGCAUGCCAUGCUGCUGCGCCAGCAUGAGUCCAUGCAGGAGCUGGAGUUCCGGCACCUGGGCACCAUCCAGAAGAUGCGCUGUGAGCUGAUCCGCCUCCAGCACCAGACGGAGCUCACCAACCAACUGGAGUACAACAAGCGCCGGGAGCGGGAGUUGCGGCGGAAGCACGUCAUGGAGGUCCGGCAGCAGCCCAAAAGCCUCAAGUCUAAAGAACUCCAAAUCAAGAAGCAGUUCCAGGACACUUGCAAGAUCCAGACCCGGCAGUACAAAGCCCUCCGGAACCACCUGCUGGAGACCACCCCCAAGAGCGAGCACAAGGCCGUCCUAAAGCGGCUGAAGGAGGAACAGACCCGCAAGCUGGCGAUCCUGGCAGAGCAGUAUGACCACAGCAUCAACGAGAUGCUCUCCACGCAAGCUCUUCGAUUGGACGAGGCGCAGGAAGCGGAGUGCCAGGUCCUGAAAAUGCAGCUGCAGCAGGAACUGGAGCUGUUGAACGCCUACCAGAGCAAGAUCAAGAUGCAGGCAGAGGCCCAGCAUGACCGGGAGCUGCGGGAGCUGGAGCAGCGGGUCUCCUUGCGUAGGGCACUCCUGGAGCAGAAGAUCGAAGAAGAGAUGCUGGCGUUGCAGAACGAGCGCACAGAGCGGAUCCGGAGUCUGCUGGAGCGCCAGGCGCGGGAGAUUGAAGCCUUCGACUCAGAGAGCAUGCGACUGGGCUUCAGCAACAUGGUCCUUUCGAAUCUCUCCCCUGAAGCGUUUAGCCACAGCUACCCAGGAGCCUCCAGCUGGUCCCACAAUCCCUCGGGGGGUCCGGGACCACACUGGGGUCACCCAGCAGGCGGCCCACCCCAGGCGUGGGGCCACCCAAUGCAGGGCGGACCCCAACCCUGGGGCCACCCUUCGGGGCCCAUGCAAGGGGUGCCCCGGGGAAGCUCGCUGGGGGUCCGCAACAGCCCACAGGCUCUGAGGCGGACGACUUCAGGGGGACGGACGGAGCCAGGCAUGAGCCGCAGCACCAGCGUCACCUCGCAGAUCUCCAAUGGGUCGCACAUGUCUUAUACAUAAGAACUGCGCCGUCUGUACCCCCCUCUCCCCAGGGUGGCAAUUCCACUGGAGCCGUCUGCCAACAGGAACUGCCAACGGAUGCCCUGCCCCGCCCCACCCCAGGCUGCGCAGACUGUCUGCCCCCUGGCCAGCUAGCCACAGGGCUCAUUCACUGGGGUGGGAGGGCAUUAACGUUCAGGGGUUUACUAAUUGGGAUGUCAUAGUAUUUGGCUGCAGAAUUGUGCCCCCUUCCCCUCUGUCUCCUUUCUAGAAGGAAAAACAAAAAUUGAUUUUGGGAAGGGGUUCUUCUGAUGUGGGGUGAAGAAUAUGAGGAGGAGAGCUUGCCUUCCCCCAGUGGCUCUGUUCAGAUCCUGGAGCUCAGGCGGGAAAGAUAGGCAUCCCCAAAGUCUCCCUAUCAAACUACCGGGGUGGAUUAGCCGAACUAGGGGCCAGCCAAUACUUCCUUGGUUUGCCCCCCUCCCUUUGCCUGUAUUUCACCACCCCUUACUCUCUUCUUCUGCUUCAUCAGGUCACCUUACUCAGAAGGGGCCAAAUGGAAGUGAAAAAGAGAGUCACUGGAGCUUUGGCAGCCAAGAGGAGCAAGGCCAGGUAGUGGGAAAGGAAAAGGGCAGGCUCUCUGCACCCAGAUUGCACUAAGAGUGGAGCCUCCGGAGAGUUCAGGGCGCACUCGAUGGCACAGGCGGAACUGCACUAGUUAAGCGCACCUGCUAGGAACCUGCUCGCAGUUCAGCCCGGCCCGACCGUGUGUGUUUGUGUUUGUGUGUGUGUGUGCGCGUAAGUAAGUAAGAGAUUGCAGGAGGGGAAUUGAGGCCAGGGCCAGAGGAGAAGCAUUCUUCCCUGGGGUAAUACUGUGACAUCUCAUUCUAGCUAAGCCUCAGAACAGCUCCCAGGACCUCCGGGAGUCACUCUGGCCUGUCUGGUCUUCCGAAACGCCGAAGUUGACUUUGCGGCCAGCCACCCAUCGCAGUUCCCAGAGGUAUUGUGACAGAUGCCAUAAAAGAAAAAGUAAAAAAAAAAGUUACAAACAUGCCAUUGGUAGGCAAGGAGGUUUCUCCUUUCUGACACUACAUUUGCCACAGGGUUUUUGCUAUUAUAAUUCUCAUUGUUAUUUUAAAAUCUUCUUACCUUCUCGGGCUUGCCACAGGUUCUUGUUUACGUGUGAAGCCGUAGCCAAUGUUUCUGCGUGUUUUGAGUUGCCACGGGGGGAGCCAAGAACCAUGGGAAUUGUCCUUCCAGCUGCUGACAAACCUGCUGUUGCCUCUGUAGACCAUUUACUGCUGCACAAGACCUGCCUUUUGCACAGGAUUCUCCCGCUGCCGGAGCCAUUGCGAUUGCUGCGGCAGGUUGCGGGGAGAACCUCUCCCCACCCUUUAACCAGAGCCUUAGCUUCUGAGGGCACAGAUAGGGACUUGAGGACUGAGAUUUUUCCAAGCCCUUGUUUAAUAUUUGGGGUCCCUGCGACCUCGACUUUGCCAAGGCAACAAAAGAGAGGCCUGUUGAGAUAUCCGUUUGGCCUGAUGUUGCCGGAGGGUGAGGAUAGAGUGGUUCUUUUCACUACAGGCCGCUUCCUUCGCCAUUCUUUGUGAAUCAAGUUUCCUGGCGCACUGAAAAAGUGAAACACUAGGUACUAACGCUAGGAUUUGCCUUCUAACAUAUCUCUAGAGCUCAGAAAUGCAAGGGGUUUUCUUGUCCGUUUGGGUAUAUUGUACAGACCAUUCUUAAAAUGGGUCACACCGCUGCUCAGUGCUUUACAAAAUUGGUGUGGUCAUAUUAAGAUUAAAAACCAUGCCAGAUCCUUAAUCUCCAUCUUUGGCUUCCUCUUCUUUGGUUGUUCAUAUCACUGGGAUCAGAAGACGCGUUUGUUGCCCCAAACCUCAUGAAGCGAAGGCUUCUGCUGAUAGGAUUGGGCCCUGUUGGUAUCCCUAAGCAGAGCAGUUUGCGGUGGGAAAGGGGAGGCUGGAGAGACCUGAUGACAACCCUUUUGUUUGCUUUGUAUUUUGUAGCACAUAUGUGUCCGUAGUCUGCUGAAAUGUUGAGGCACUGAAAUAUCCUUUCUGGCUUCCAGAUGGCUGAUGAAAGGACCCUUUUCAUCCUUGCAGUUGAUACGUAGCUUCAACAGAUGAAGUCUUCUUUUUAAUGGUGAGGGAGAAUGAAAAACACUGCAAUUUAACUCUAAUGUACCUCCUUUCCCAGUCUUGAUCCCCAUAGCUUCAAGAACAGGUGACAGUGGGAGGCUAGGGGUCUGCAUUAGCCAUCCAGGAGACCCCACAGACCAAAUAAAGUCCCCAAAUGCCACUGAGAGAGGGUGGGGUGUUUUUGCCCUGUUGUUAGGCCUGGGAGGGAGCAGAAGUCACGUCGUAAGAAAGGCCUCUCCUGGCCCUCAAAACCUAGUGGAGAUAUCCUCCUGUUUAAAAAAUGGACUUUAUUUAAAAACACUUUUGAAGAGAGCCAGCAACCCCGGUGGGCCACACUUUCCCCAUUCCUGCUCUAGAAGGCCUUCCUUUUGGGCUGUUGCACAUCAGUAACAUGAUGCUAACGGAGGAUUUACUUCUGCUGGGGGACUUGGAGAGGCGGCCUUUUUGUCUUGUUUGUCUCCGAUACACAUACACACAUAGACACCAGGGCACCCUUGCCAUCCAACCCAUUAUCUCCCUUGAUUUUGGCAGAAUGGUGGCACAACCAGUUUCUUUUUCUUCUGCCAUCUUUGUACAUUGACAUGGACCAAACCCAGGACUGUUUGGUGCGUUAAUUAUUUUUGACUAAAGUCGUAUGCAAAAACAUGAAAUGAGUCUGUGUGUGGUCAAGAGAUGAGUUCCGAUUUGCAGAACGGAUACGCAUGUGGCUUGUAGCAGAUUUCAUUUGAACGUCACCAACAUCAAUUCCCUCUGGAUGUGCAAAUGUGUUUUCCGUGAGACCUGUGUUUCUCUACCAGUCUUCGUUUCAUCUUUGUUUCAUCUUCCUUCCCCUCUCAUCCCCGCUGCCACUACCAACUUGUUAGCUUUGUCCGUUCUGUCACCUAUUUCCAGGGGAUGUUUUUUUGUCUUAUCCUUUUCCCUUAAGGUUUCUUUUCCAUAAGAAUACUAAAUGUCCAUCUCUUAAAAGAGUUUGAUUUUUCCUGAAUCAAGAGGGAAUGUGUCCUUUCCCAUGUCCUUCAUCCUGGUGACCGUAGAUCUUUUGGAUGUGGUAUUAUCCCAUUUGGACAAGCGCCACGGUCCAGAGGAGAAGUCUGUUAGGGCUUCGGUUAGGAAAUGACAAGAGGACUAAGAAGUAAAGCUAGAAUGAGCAAAUAAGGAACGGCAACAGAAAAAAUUCACUUGCUACCUCCUUUCCAUCCAGCAGCCAUUUGAACACCUGACUUCCAAGUGCCAUUUCUGUCUACAAUAGGACUAUUAUCCUUCCUGGAGCACCGUAUCAAAAACCAUAUCAGGGUGAAACAAAAGAGAGGUGUGUAGCAAAUCUCCUUACAUCCCUUUCUUGCAACUUUCCCACUUCUGUUUUCGAAGCUGGUGGUCCCAAAGCACCUCCUGGGUUGGUUUUUCAUUUGCUGCAACGCUUGCUUCCAAAGUGUCCCAUCGCUUGGUUCUUCAGGCAGCACAGUCAUCUUGGUUGGUAGGGCAAGGAAACAAAUGGUCAGACUCAAAGUUACACUUCUUCUGGGCUGUGUGUGUUUGAAGGCGGAAAGUCUUCCUUCACAAAGGCAGCACAACCUGCUGCCUUCUACUUUGGAUAAGCAAGGAGCCUCCAUGGAUCAUGGCCUCCCUUAAAAGGCACGUGUCUCUUGGGUUUACCUUGAUAGCAAACAGAUCCCGUUUUGCAAGAACAGGCUCUCUUUAGUUUACAGAAUUAUAUAGUUGCAUGUGCCUUCUUUGUAUAAUUCUGUGAUCUCCAUCGACGUCAAGAUCUGAGCUCUGAAAAGUUAUUCUUUUGCCCUAAGUUCCCUGAAUCUCAGGGUUUGAGUUGGCCUCUGAAUAUAUGAUAACCAGGGACCCCUGAAUAUAUGAUAAUAUCCUUUCCAAAUUGCAGAUCGCCUUCCAAAGACGAACACCGCUUCUUCUGAAAUCUUGUUAAUGAUCCUAAGCUUGCCAUCUGAUUUAGCCAUGGAAAAAAGAUGUAUAUAUAUUUUUUCUGGUUCAGGGAAUGCUGAGUCAAAGAGUGUCGCAUUAAUGCAACAUCUGGUCUCCUUUUUACAUUCAGCAUUUAUGCAUUCAGCCUGGCUCUUGAAAGCCCUCUCCCCAAACCUUGGGUAAACAGGUGCUUCGGGGUAAAAAGAGCUGCGUCAGCAAAUGGGGACCACAGCAAAGGGCAGGAUUCUAACCCGUAACAUUUAAUGCUUCUUGGAGCAAUGGCACAUCUUCUCAUUCUGCUCUGAGCCAGGUUUGAGGAGAGGAGAGGAACUAUGUGGACCAUCCCCAAUUCGCAUCCCUUGUCUGCCCAAAACUUAGCGUUGAAACCUCUUAGCUAAGCAGACGCACAGCUUUUUUCCAUGAGGACUAGUGCCCUGUCCAUAAGAAUCAGUGACCACUGUUACUUCUGCAGGAUGCUGUGAUCAAAAGAUGGCCAUUGGACAAGGUUCGCAAGCCCUGGUGUUUGUGUUUUAGCUGGCAUUGAGAAGGAGAGGAGUUAUUUUAUGCUAGUGAGUUAUAUUCUGAAAUACACUUUCCCCCUCAUUUCCUUUUUAUGGACAGGUCUGUGGAGUGUUGCGCACAGCUCUUAAGUCGUGCCUAAAUAUUAUAUGGGGGCAUUUUCUUAGAAAUACAUAUACAGAUACCCAUAUUUGCUUGCCCCAUAGUUGUCUAAUUCUGUGCAUAUGUGUAUCUUCUAGCAAAUGCGGUCAUUCUCCCCUGGGCACUUCUUUCCCUUUAAUAGUUCCUGUUCAAAGCCAACGAUCCUGUCAGCCCACCUCUGCAUUGAGAAUGAAUUUUAUAGGUUUAAUAUAUACAUUUUAAACCCCCAUGAUGCUUUGGCCUCAGCCUGGUGCUUUUCUGGUUGGACUCCAUCACCUGAUGGAUCAUGGACACUUCCCCGGGCUUUAACAUUGGGGAGAUUCUGGGAAGUGUAGUCUGGAAACUGCACCUUCCCAGGCUCUUACCAAACGUUGGCUGAAAUGGUAAUUAAAAACAUGCAAGAGUGUUUCACCCACCCCCUAAAAAGAUCCAGAAAUGACCCUUGCACAUUGCUGGGAAUCCAUUUUAUAUCCCCUGCCCCCCAGAAUCGUUCAGGGAUGGAGAAGGUCAGUGGCUUCUUGCAGCCCGCCUGAAUCCCUCUCUUGCCUUUUUAACACCCGAUCCCAGUGGCGUGCUACACAUCUUUGUAAAACGGAGGCCUCUCAGCGUGAGAUGUGCAUAGUGUACAUUUGGCAUUGAAGCAAAAGUUUGCUUGUAUUGUGAAGAUCGUUUUUCAAACAACUCAAGACAAGACUUGAUUUCUAAUGAACUACUAACACACUUCAGUGUCAGGUUUAUCCCACUCGGGAUAAACAGACCAACAAAAGCAUGUUGAAUGUAUCAUCUUUUUUCCAGAAGCCGGUUGGCCGGUUGUGCCAACCAUGUGCAUAUCCUAUUUAUUAUUUUCCCUCCUUAACUAAUUUUCCCCAUCCCUCUAGCAUUGGUCAGAUAUGACUUUCCAUAUCCACCUUUGUCCAUAUUGCACAAAACCUUGCAAGCAGGGAAAAAUACAGCGUGGCGUUUUAUUUAAUCUUACCGUUCUCCAGUCGACUGUAUUUUAUCAUCUCUUUCUCCCUUGUUUGUAGCUCCCUUUGCAAACAUCUGGUCACUAGGAUUAUUAUUUUUUAACUUAUUUUGGACAGUCCUCUAAACAUUAGUUGAAAGGAAGGAACCCCAUGGGCAGGAUUUCCCACCUUUGCCAAUGGCGAAAGACAGUUGGUUAGAAGAGGGCAGCAAAUAUCUGCGAGUUGCAUGAGUCGGACGUCUCAGAGCCCCAUGCGCUUUGAUGCGUUAGCCUCUCUGAGUGUUGCAGUUGCUGUGAAAUGAGUUGUAUCUUUUGGUCAUUGCAAGAGAGAAAUUUGUGGAGUGAGUGCCGAAGGAAGGCAAGAUCAUUCUCUAAACCAGGCUCCCGAUGCUUAUUUCCCAGACGUCCCCAAUCUUUGUUGGUGGGCCAUCUCUUCCGGCUCUUAUGGAAGAGCCAUCUCUAAAGGUGCCUCAGGAUAGCUCUGUACCUUGCAUAAUAAGUAUUUACAAGGUUGGCAUUGGAGAUCCCCAACCCAACGGGCUUUUUCUCUGGCAAGCCGGUCAUGUGCAGACAGGAGGGGGGAAAGAAAGAACAAAAUGCUCCCAAGGUGAUGGUUUUUCUCCAGAGACCCAUUUGGCUUGUUCCCUCCCCGGCCACGACAGAUGUGCGUUUUUCUUUCUCUUCUUCACGGGUGAGGCAUGUCCUGCGAGCGCCAACGACGACAACGGCAGGGGCGUCUCUUGUACGAUAAAUUUGUCAGUAUUCCGGUAUUCUUCUGGUGCAGACGUACCUAAUAGCUCUCUCUCUAUCUCUCUCUCUCUCUCUCUCGUAUAUAACCUGUAUUAAUUGUAUAGAUUGUGCAUUUAAAGCUGUCACCAAGUUGUUGGGGCGGGAGGGGAGAAAAACAAAACAGAGAAUAAAAGAGAAAAGAGGUCAUAUGUAAUAUUUUGUUUGUAAGUAUCCUUUGUAUCAUAGCAAAGGAAAUGUUUAAAAAAAAAUGAGCUGUAAUAAAGUAAUUUUAGUAAAA